AAAGACUGCAGAUUUCAGCGCAUCCUCCCCCUGCUUAUAACCAGUCUACACCUACAGAAUCAGCUAUGGAGAUCUGGAAACUGCAAGUUGUAGUCAUCAGCAUGACUGCACUCGCGUGCAGCUCUCACGGAUUAUCCUUUACUCUCGACAAAGAGCGCUGGAUAUCCAAGAACUGGGAGGAUGGACCUUUGGUGGAAAAGCUGGCCAGUGAAGUGGCGAGUCUAAUCAAGCGAUCCAAAGCACAUCAGUUUUACGGACUUAUGGGAAAGCGCUCCGGCAUCCCGCAGCCUAUGAGAAUGGAUCGGAGAAGAAAUAAAGGAGAGAUGUUCGUCGGGCUCAUGGGUAGAAGAUCUUUAAGAGGAGAUUCCCUGACGAGAAUAAUUCCCGCCGAGACGAGUACAGUGAAUAAUGCAGCAAUGGAAUCAGACCAGCAAUCGGACGCAGCUUUUAAAGAAGUCGUCAUUUCCCGCGUUCUUUCCUAAUCGCAACAAAAAUAAAAGAGAAAUCUACAUGUAAUGCCACUGUAUUUGAACAUGCACUGUGUUCACUGCCUUGCAAAAAGAAUAGGACAUGUCAGAACAAGAGAUUACAGUCAGGCUAUUGUUUGUUGUGAAUGCCUUCCUAUUUAUAUAUAUAUAUAUUUAAAGAAAAAUCUAAAUGUACAAUCAAAAUUUUACUUUUACUUACUUUAAGAAAUAAAGUUUCAUCAUCUGCAUAUUUUUAGAUUGUGGUUAAGCAAUAUGUUAUUAAAUUACCUGAAUUAUUUAUUCAUUUAUUCAUAUG